AUGGAACAAAUAGCCCGUGAGGAAUCGUUAAAAAACGCUUCGGAUUUGGAGUGCGAGAAGGAUCUCGAAGGCGAUCAUAAAUCAAUCGCAUGCCCCACCCCUCAAAAGAACAAUGAACCCUUGACGAUCAAAUCCAGAGAGGGACAUACCAAUGUUCCUGAUAAUUACUCUAUGCUUGCAGAUUUGUUUGGUCACAUGAGUUGCUCACUCAGAUUGUUGCGACUGUGCAAAAAGACUCCAACUUUUGAAAAUGUUUACCGCCAGGUCGAAGUUCUGUCGAAGAGGGAAUUAUCCCAUGCACAUCUUGCGCAGAUGAAGUAUAUACUGCCUGAAGGUGUAUGUAUAGAUAAGGUGCUUGUUCAUGACAAAAAAAGCUUGUGCAUGGUGCCUGAUAUCUCGAUCACCUUGAGAUUCGAGAUUGUGAAAAAUUGCUGUGGUAAAUCUGCUGAUCUGUCUCUUCGGCGAUAUUUUAGAUCUAAGCUGUUUGAUUUUUUUUCCAUGCAUCCCGAGGUUUCUCAUAUUCCAGAAGCCCUGCUGCCAGGACCUUUUGGCAAGAAAACUUUUAUCUUGAAUUGUGAAAAUUCAGAUGCGAUAGAAUAUUCAGACCAGUCUCUGGAUUCAACGAAACUUGUGUCAGAUUCCAAUCAAAGCGAGACCUUGCAGGAGCAAUUCCAGUUGUAUCCGUCUUUUCGUAGGCAUUUCUCCGGGAAGAAUAUUGUAUACCAGGCAGAAAGGGAGCAGGGGCUUUCAUCCACAAAAACUUAUCCAUCAUCACAUGUGGAAAACGAAGAAAGUGAAAAGGGACUGCAGAAAGGAAGUGUACCAUUAUCUGAUCAAGUGGAUCACCAGAAGGAAUCUUUUUCUACGACUUUUCAAACUAAUGUUGUUAAUACACCGGUACAUAUGAUCCGUCCUUUACAUUCUGUUACUUGCAGUAAUUCUGAAACCCCAGAUAUGAAAAAUAUCUCCUGCACCGCUGAUAGUUUUAUGACCGAAACUCCUGCCCAGUUAGCACCUGCAAGAUUAUUGCCUGUUUCUGAUGUUAAGCUUCAGGACAUGCCUAUCCAAGUUUUAUCGGCGUGUCAUAAGCCAGCAAAAAGAGUGCUUGACUUUUCACUCAUGGAGGAUAAUAAUGGCUUGGGCAUUAGAGUACAGAAGUUUGAAUCUAUCAUAGCUCUGCGUGAAAGUGAUAGCUUUCCCGAAUCUAGUCGAGAAUGUGCGCAGUAUUGCUGCAAGUCUGUUAGUUCUGCCUUUGUACCUCAAGAGGCAGAAGGACGCCUUGGAUACUCUUUUGAGAAGAUCACCCAAAAGCAAGCUGGUUUAGAUACACUGAAUGAAAAAUCUUCACCGAUGCUGAAUCUGGUUAAUGUGAUUCACUCUAUAUUUCAAUCUGUCCAAAGAAUUCUAAUCACAAAAGAGGAGCUCCUGCAUAAGAUCCUUAUGAACAGUUUCGAUGUUGUUGAGAUUAGAGAAGUUGAAGAACAAAUUGAAUCUUUGGAAAAGUUGGUCCCAGACUGGAUCUGCAAGAAAUUGGUUCCUACAGGAGAUACUGUAUACUGCAUCAAUAAAAUGUCAGAUUUGGACUCAGUACGAUCAAGGGUUGCCCGCAACGAGACUGUUCGAGAGAAGGGCUUUUACUGA